AUGAACUUCCUUUCCUCGGCCAUAUCUUCCUUAACGGGAACGUCUAUUCCUUAUACGUUCAAGGAUAAGAUCAUAGAUCCUUUGAAAGCCACGUACCCGGAUUCUCGGUCGAUCUGGACUGUUUACAAUGGCUUGAACCCUAAGACAGACACUCCAGUCACGAUCUUCGAGUUUAAUUUGAAGGAUCCUGCUGCUACUCGGUGGAACUACGACUCCUUGGCCAGAAAUUGCUUUAAGAAACUGAAACUUAUCAAGUUUCCUGGAAUAGUGUCUAUCGUGGACUACUUUGAAUCAGAGUCUUACCUAUACAUCGUUACGGAGCACGUCACGCCGUUGCAACAUUACUUGAACACACAUUCAGACAAGAUCACCAAAGAAACGAAACUCUACGGUGUUUAUAAUGUCGCCCAUGCUUUGCUGUUUAUCAAUACUAAGGCGUACUCCGUACAUGGCCACUUGGACCUUUCAUCUUCCGUGUUUGUCAACGCCCAGGGCGAGUGGAAACUCUUUGGUUUCGAACUCUUAACGUCCAUGAAAUCAGACCCAGAUCAGCCAAUCUAUAGACUUUCGUCGUCUUGCCCCAUGUUUAAUGAAAAUUUACCUGACGAGGUAGUGAAAAAUGGCAUCGAGGCUAUUCGCCCUCAUCCGUUCAAGUUCGAUUCUUACAAACUCGGUGUGUUUAUCUUCACCCUAUUGGCAGCUACGCUGUAUAACGACCCUGUUGUUGCUUCAAAUGGUGAAGUAUUUGCAGGAAGCAGCCAAAUCCCUAGAUCCUUGGUGCAACCCGUCAAGAAACUCACAAACGUCAAACCCAACCUUCGUAUCACCGUGGAAAAGUUCUUGCAGGAAACAGAGACAUAUUUUGGCUCCAAUAGACUUGUAUCUUUCAGUCGUCUUUUGGAAGACAUGAAGUUUCAGAAUGCCCACGAGAAACUAGCCUUUUUCAAGAACGAUGUUGCACAAUACAUCGACGAGGAGUUUCCCCCAGGUUACUUGGACAAUAAGUUGCUUCCAGAAAUCAUCACACAAUACAACAAUUUGGUCAACACAAAACCAGCAGCAUCAGCCACUGCCGAGCAGCAACAAUACCGCCAGGAAACCAUUUCGGUAUUACUAAACUACAUUCUCAAGCUAGGAACGGGCUUGUCAGAUGAUGGUUUCUCCAAGACGGUAAAGCCCAUUAUUUUCCAUGCAUUCACUCUUCCUGACCGUGCCAUACGACUCACUCUUUUGAAUUACCUACCCAAAUAUGCCCACGCGUUAACCGAUAGCGAGGUCCAAUCGAAGCUUUUUUAUAGCUUGAUUACUGGCUUCCAUGAUACAAACUUCAUGAUUCGUGAGACGACACUUAAAUCAUUCACUUCCAUCAUCGACAAGGUGAGUGUUAAGCAGAUCAACCAGGAAAUGUUGAAGGUUUUGGCCAAAUCUCAAAUGGACCCCAAACCAUCCAUUCGUACUAAUACGUUGAUCCUAAUUAUUAAGGUCUCAAGUAAGAUCUAUGCUAAUCUGAAGAAUAGCGUGAUCAUCACCGCACUUGGAAAGUCGUUGAGAGAUUCUUUCGUGCCUUGUAAAAUAAUGGCACUUUCUGGUUUUGAACAAUUACGAACAGAGUUUCUGUUGGAAGAAAUCUGUUCAAAGGUAUUAGGUCACUUAGCAAUUGCGCUCAUGGAUUCCAAAUCUUUCAAGGUCAGAGAAGAAGCAAAGAGAGUCUUCCAGUUAUAUUUGACAUCUGUGGAAGAACAUGCAGCUUCUUUACCGAAAGAUGAAGAAGAUGAAGAUGAAGAAGAGAAGGAGUUUUUCCGCCAGCACGCACCCCUGGCUCCGGCUGAGCUGAAGAAGGAAGUCGAAACCUCAAGCUCCACGUCCUUUGGCUGGAGUAUGGUCAAUAAAUUAGUAUCAUCUUCUGCAAUUGGAGGUGAUCUCAACAAGAGCUUCAAUUCUUCAACUCCUGAUUUAACGCGAGAGCCUACGCCCGUGGAAACAACCCGGCCAGCGCAACUGUUUGGUUCAACGGCAAGAAUUAAUAGCGGAAGCCGUAUAGAGAUCAACGCUAAUAGCUUAGCCGCAGAUGAAGACGGUUGGGAUGUGGAAAAUGAUUCCGAUGAAGGGUUUGGCGAACCAGUUGUCGAAUCUAAGCCAUUGAUUGGCAGGAAUGGAAACACAAGGGGAAGAAUUACUCCUGCUAGGACUCCUGGUGCCGGUGCCGGUAUUGCUGCAAGAAAGACUGAUAAUGCCGCAAGGACAAAGCCGGGCCUCACAUUGGGCGCAAAGAAGCCCGCGGCAAAAUCGCCUGGAUCGACAUUAAAAUUAGACCUAAAAGUGGACGAAGAUGAGGACUCAUGGGACGGCGAUUGGUAA